GUUUAGUAUAUUAAUUCUGGAUUGGAAUGUUUGAUGAUGCAGGAAAUCUGGGAAAUUUGCCAAUAAUUAUAGUUCCUGCAGUGUGUAAACAAAGUGGCAAUCCUUUUGGAGAUAUGAAUGUUUGCACCAAAAAUGCAUUAGCGUAUGCUUCUCUAUCAAUGGCGUUAGGAUCAGUUUACAUCUGGUCUUAUGCAUACAACCUUGUUCGAUUAUAUGCACCAAAAAUUUGCAACGAAGCCAAAAUUGCAGAAAAUUCCAUGGAGAAUCCAAUGUCCAUAACAAAAACUGACCCAGAGAACCCUUCAACAUGUUCCACAGGAUUACCAUUUGUCAGUGUUGUUGGUGAUAAAUCACAAUCUCAAGAUCAUGUCAAGAACUUUGAAAUCCACUCUACAAACUCUAAUCAUGGAAAAACAGGGGAGGUA